CUCUCUCCCAUUCUGAUUCUUUUAAUUUCUCUCAACUUCCACAAAGAACAGCAUACUCUCCCUCACGCCCCUUUUCUCGAGUUCUCCGGCGAAUUCACGCCCGGAGUGGCUCCGAUCUUCCUCAAAUCGGGCUUUUCUCUCCCUUCUCUAACACCUCUUCCUCAAUUUUACACAUUUUAAUUCUCCAACAAAAUCCUCAGAUUGCACAGUACCUCAGCGUCUCCUACUCCCUUCAUCGGCGAAAUCGCCGCUGUCUUGAUGGGCUCCGGAGUCCGUCGGCGCAUGCUUUCCUCUCCACCACGCCUUCUCUCCCUCCGUCAGUAUCGGGGAGCCCUCGGCCACCCAACGGCAGGGCUGCCGCCUGCUGUGUCGCCGUCGCCGUCCAUCGUUCUCGGCUUGUCUUGCCGGCCUAAGAUAGGUCCUCUCCCCCUUUCCCCUUUUAAUUCCGUUAAUUAAACAGCGGCUAAGCUCUUUGUUCAUCGUUUAUAUGGUCUCGUGGGGUUGGUUAAGGAGGCUCGGGGAGAAGCUUGUUAUCUCUUGUUGAGUUGUUACUUGGCGGUUGAUUAGAGAUGGGGAAGCAUUGCUAUCAUACUGCCUAAUUGAUUCUGGAAUGAGGGAUUUGUUUUAUGUGAAUUGAUCAUUUGGUUGCUUUCUCUCAAUGCUAUACUUUGCUACUGUCGGAUAACCCAUCUAGCUUCUAAGGUUCUAAGCCAUUGACCAUCUACUGUGGUUGAGCUAUAUGAUGCAUAUGGUGUUGAGGGAAUUACCUCGUAGGUGAUUCCUUUCGGUUCUUGGCUGCCCUUCUAUUGCCGUUGCUCCGCACCGCCGCCCCUUACUCCGUUGCGCUCCCUCUAGGGACGGAACUAGAAAUCCAAAUAAGCCGGUGCUAAAAAUUUUAAAAUAAUAUAUAUAUUUAAAAUAGUAUUUCAAAAAAUCUUACCUAUCCUACUUAUUUUUAUAAAUUUAUAAAAUGAUAAAACACAAAUAAAUAAUGAAGUUUAAAUGCAAAAAUAUUUUUAUAUGUGAUAAUAUUCAUUCAAAUUAUGAAGUUUAGUACUCCAUUUGUCCCGUGUUACUUGCACUUUUGUAUUUUGGCUCGUACCAAACUACUUACACUAUUUCUAUUUUAACUAAGAAUUAGAGUAUUUAAUUAAUAUAUUUAUGUUGGUUAAGUGUUCAUUUAUUUAGUGAUCACUCAUUAUAUUUAAAAUACUAAUUUAAUCAUACUAAAAAAUAAUCCAAAGUUUAUGGCCUAAAAUAAAAAGUGCAACUAAUAUGAGACAGAAAUAGUAAUAUUUGGAAAGUUAUAGUAUAACAUUAAUUUGAAUAUUAAAUCACAAAAUUUCAAUUUUUCUUAAUUACUACCACAUUAGUAUAAUAAAUGUCUACAUUUUAUGACUUUGUUUACGUAAAUGAGACAAUUGAGAACAAUCAAAAUUUCGUGAUUUAAUAUUUUAACAGAUUAACUAAAAUUGGACCAAAUUUCAUAAUUUAAAUAACUAUUAGUAACAUUUUUUUAUAUUAAAACAUAAAUAUUAAACUAAAUGCAAGAUAAAUAGCACACAACAUUAUUCCUCCAAUAAAAAUGUAUAUUGAUAAAUCUCUAAAAACACACCAUUAGAGUUAUAUUAUAAUGUACUCCAUAAUAAAAUAAAAGUGGCCCUACUGCUGCCAACUGUAAAGUAAAUGAGAGUAAUUAAUUUUCUAACUCCUUCCCCUUCCUCUCAUCACUACAUAAAAACUGAAAGUGCAGACACCGGCAGCGUCCUCCGGCCAUGGUGUGAUGGUGGGCAUUGUUUGUAAGUCGUCCGAUAUAUCGCGAUAUAUCGUGAUAUAUCGCCUGUAUCGGUAGGCCAAGGGUCGAUACACACCCAGAUGCGACUUAGGCGACUAACAUUCGAGUCGUCCGAUAUAUCGCGCGACUCGACCGAUUAGUCGCCUGAUCGAGUCGAGGACGACUUAAUGGGCUUCACUCCAGAUUGGGCCAGGCGGACAUGUAGGUGUCUAUUCAGCCCAUUAGGGUUUCUUUAUAAAAACCCCCCACUUCAGCCCAUUAGGGUUUCUUUAUAAAAACCCCCCACUUCAGCCCAUUAGGGUUUCUUUAUAAAAAACCCUCCUCCUCCCAGAACUGACGCCGCCCCUCCUCCUCCCAGAACUGACGCCGCCUCUCCUGGACACGCCUCUCCUCAUUCAGGAUGAACUCUAUUUCCGAUGAAAAUGCUACAGUCGAAGUGGUGUUCCCAAAUGCAGCAGCUGCUGCUGAAGCCGAUGCACAGCUGACUGGAGGGUAUGCUGCGUCCGAUGAGCCAAAUUCUGCUGCUGUUCCAUCAUCUGGGUCUGGUAAUGUCACUCCUAAUGAGAAGGACUUUGAAUCCAUAGUUGCUAGCACAUUAGGAAAGAUGCCACCAGAACUUGCUGCAAUGGCCAAAGAUCCAAAGAGGCAUGCUAAAUCCAAAGACCCUGGGUGGAAGUAUGGGUUCUGGCCAUAUGAAGGAAAGAGAGAUAUGGUGCAAUGCAUCUUCUGCAGAAAGGUGGUUCCUGCAGGAAUCAAGAGGUUCAAGCAACACAUUGCAGGUGGUUAUGGAGACGUCGAGAAGUGUCCAACUGCACCUGCAAUAGUAAGAAAAGAGAUGUACGAUUUUUUGAAGAAAAAUGCUAGGAAAGAACUGAACCUGCAGCAGGGAAGGGAAUGGGAUUGUGAAGCAGAUAGUGGAGGUGAAGUGCAGGAAACAUGUGCGGUGCCAAGCUCAGGGACUAGAAUUAAGGAAAGUAAUAGGAUGUUUGCUCGUUCUUACCUAGAUUCAGCUAAGCAGGGGUCACAAAAGUACAUGAAAAGUGUUAGUUCCAUGCUACAAAAGUCGCCGGAAGAUGUGGUUUCUGAGAGGCAUAGUUCAAGGAAUUCUCAAACUAGUACAAUGGAGCAUUGCACAAAGAAAUCAAAGGAAGUUAAACAAAGAGUUGAUGAUCAUGUGGCAGAUUUCUUUUAUGAGAAUGGAAUUCCUUUGAAUGCUAUUAACCACUGCUGAUUGCUCUGAGGAUUGCUGAUGGGGAUGAAACACCUGCAGCUCCAGAAAUCAAGGCAGCAAUGGACACAGCAAAGCAGACUAUAAGGGAUUCAUUGGCUGAUAAGCCACAAUUGCUCAAUGAAGUGCUAACGCACUUUGACAGGAGGUGGGAGAAGCAAAUGGAGCAAAAGUUAUAUGGGGCUGCCCUUUUCCUAAACCCAGCCAAGUUUUUUGCAAUAAAAGAGAAAAGCGUAAGAGAUGCUGCAAGACUAAGGGCGAUGUUCAAUGAUGUGCUGUGGAAGAUGGUGCCUAAUGACGAUGAGCAAUGCAUUAUAAGCAAACAAGCAGAUGACUAUGAGAAGUCUCAAGGUGAAGCCUUCUCGAGGCCAUUAGCAAUAAAGGAUAGAGCUAGAAAAAAUCCAGUUAACUGGUGGGGAGCAUAUGGUGGCCUUGCAUACGAGUUGAUGAGUUUAGCAAAAAAAAUAGUUAGCCUUUGCUGUUCGGCAUCAGGAUGUGAGCGUAAUUGGAGCACCUUCUCUCAAAUACAUACCAAGAGAAGGAAUAGGUUGGAGCACAAGAGGCUCAACAAUUUAGUGUUUGUUAGCUACAACAGAAAAAUGGCCAACAGAUUUGCUAAGCUGCGUGAGCUCGGUUCGAAAGGCAAGAAAUACAAUCCGUUGCACCUUGACGAGUUUCAGUGGGAAAACGAGUGGGUUGAUGCCGGCUGUGAACCAGUUCAUCAAGAUGCCGCUUCUGAUACUGGUAAUGAUCUAACUUGGCAAAACGUGGAUGAAGCUACUGGUGCAACUCAAGGUCUAGGAGGUCGUAAUCUGCCAAGGGCUGCUGCAAUGAAAAGGAAGAGUGGAUCUAAACAUGCUGCUGCUGCUGCAAGUAAAAGGACUAAGCAACCUAGGACAGCUGCAAUUCCAGUUGAAGAUGAAGUGUCAAGUGAAGAGGAUGAUGAAAUGGGAGAUGAGGGUGGAUCUGAUUACGAAGAUGAUGAAGAGGGUGGUGGAGGUUCAGCUGCAGGGGCUUUCCAAGUGGAUGAUGCUGUGCUUUGAGUUUGCUUAAUUGCUUGUUAGUUGUUAUCAUGCAAAUCGUUGAACAUGACUAAAUCAUUGAACAAUAUGAUGCUGUGUUUUUUCCUGUUGUAAUUUGAAGUAUAUAUUGCAUA